AUGAAGUCGUUCUCUACUAUCACUGUUCUGUUCGCCGCCGGGCUGGCCCCGGCCGCAUUGGCUGCGCCUCACCAACACGCUGCGCGUCACUUCCAGGAGGCCGACAAGAAGAUCCUCUCCAGCCUUGUCAACCGCGCCGCAACCGGCACCAUCGCCCUCGAUUCCCAUGUCGAGUACUCCUCGUCCAUGGGCGUCAUCGGGUGCCUCAUCAACACCAACCGCAUCGCCUACUUCCCCAUGACACCCCCCUGCUCCAACCCCUGCAUCAAGCUCACCGCACCCAACGGCAACACCAUCAACGUUCUGCACAUCGAUCAGUCGGGCGGCAGCUACGACAUCAGCAUGGACGCCUACAAGACGCUCAAGUACGGCGCGGACUGGACCUCGAUCAACACGCUGCCCGAAGCCAAGUGGGACGGCGUGACGUACGACUACGUGUCGAUGGACCAGUGCGCAGACAUUCUGCCGAACGGGACGCUACCCGUGAUCGCGAAGAGCCCGAACAAGUACGUCGAGUGUGCGGCGUCAGAGCCGCAGUCUUUCUGGGCCACGAACACGCAGUUCUAUGAUAUUGAUGAUAUGAAGUGUCUGCGCGGCGUUAUGCAGACGUGUGAGAUGGUGCCUCCGAACAACACGCCGACGUGUGCGAAUGGCAAGAUGGCGGGUAUGAGUGGUCAGAUGCCGUUGAGUGGUAUUGACACCGUGGUUGACAUCACGGCAGCUGGUGAGAAGAUUCCCGCUGUACGACCUGCUGUUUAG